GAUUUGAACGCCAGUCGGUUGGUGUGUGAGCUGCGGAGAACAUCGCGGGAACACUUUCUCCGAUUUCAAACGUAAAAAUGCCGUCAUAUUUUCCGAAACAAAUCAAAACGGCUGCAGCAGAAGAGGUGACUGACCCCUCGGCCUGAGGUGUGAAAGCGAGAAUGAUGAGUGCCAGUCUUCAGAAUGACGAGGUGGCAGUGCCCAGUCACAUCACAAUCACAUCAGCAUUAUCAGGAUGAUGAGGCCACAGAUCGCCGAUACUUCAGGGGAGUCGGAGGAAGUACUCUGGUGUAAAAGCAGAAAAUUUCGGGCAGUACAGUGUACAUUUGUACACAGGUUCUCAGCCAAUCAGAAUCCGAUAAGUCUGUGUCGUCAUCGGAGCGUCAUCAUGAAACCGCUUAGUAGAACUUGCCAUUAUAUCAAUAGAUAUUUCUGUAAAAUAAUGCUUCAAAUAACGCUGUUCUCAGAUCUCCAGCAGUUCUUUCUUGUGACAUGCCUGAUGCUAUUCCUGGUGAUGAAAUAUAUGUAUUAGUGAUGUAGUAUAUUUCUGGUGUGUUCACUGUUGCGAUAAAUCAUACAAAUCCUGAAAAUCUUUGCUUGUAUUGUUUUGUGCUUGUUACCCAAAUUUGAAGCAUACAGUAUCAAAAUAUACUGGGGGAUGACCAUAAACAUGAGGUAGUAUCGAAAGACAAGUCCCAUUGCAGAGAAAUAUAUUCAUACUGGAGGAAGACCAUUCACAUGAGACAAUUAAAGUCUCAUUGUAUAAUCAUACUCAAUACGAUAUCUGAAGGACUAUCCCUUGGAUCUUGGAGAUGGGCUAUUGUAAUUGUCCUUUCUGUAGGUAGGCCUAUGCGCAGGCAGCAUAACUCAAAUAUCUAAAAUCCAAAUAACAAGGGAAAAGAAACGCAUUAUAAAAAUAAAAUAUAAAGUAAAAAAGAAAAAGAAAAAUGUUGUCCACAACCGGAUUCGAACUCGCGACCUUUGGAUCGAACAUCGUAUUCUGCCAUUUCUGACGAGUGCUCUCCUGCUCUGAUGUUUCUAAGACGUCUGACGUCAUGGAUUUGUCGAAAUCUGAUUGGCUGAAAGUCCCUGUACAAUGUACAAUGUACUGCCCGAAAGGUUCAGGAAAAAAAAUUCGCGGCCCGAGUCCACAUGCAUAGGGCUACCGUUGUACACAUACGCACUAGGUAGGCAUCUGAUGACAUGAUUAACGAGUUGACCCGAUGAGGUUAAUAAAUCCGACCAGAGAAAAAGCCAGAUACGUGCUUUUAUCAUUAGGCAUUUCCAUAAGGCAAUUCCCGCCGUCCUACCCGCCAGGCCAUGCCAUGACAAUUAGUUGUCAUUCAUCAAAAGUUCAUUUUUGUGUUGGGGGAGGAGGGGGCAACUUACCUUGUACAGUGAAUGAGACGUUUGCACCACUGAACUAUCUACCCCAUCGAUGCGUGGAAGUGUCCAUGACCAAUAUCUUUCUGUCUGGUGAAUAACUUAUGAUUGACUUACCGAGUUUCGUCCACCGACCGAAGACAGGGUGGCUAUAGCUCGAAGGUGAAGGAGUGUGUGUGUGGGUGGGGGGCAUGAUGGUCCUGCGGGUUCUGUACGUGCAAUUUUGGCAAAUUGUUGGUUUAAUGGAAUAAAAUAUGUAAGAUUAGUGAAUGAGACACCGCCCACACUUGUUGAGCGCGAGCGAUGACGCGAGGAUGAAUGAAGGCCGCUGCGGAACUGGACAAGGCUCCGAAAUAACAAAGGUGAUUGCCAGGCAGCAAAAAUUUGUAUCAAGAUGGCGACCCAACCAAAACAUGAACCUCCUCAGGGAAUGGAACCGUACGAUUUAGGUGGUCCUGGAGACCUCGGAGCGCUCAGCCCUGAGCAGCAGGAGAAAAUAAAUAAGUUUAAGGUAGAAACUAGAAUGGAGAAUGAAAAAUACUUGAGGCAACAUCCAGAAGUUGAAUGUUUGAUAGCAGGUUUUCUUGGUGAAAUUCUAAAGAAAAGGCCAGAAAAUAUUAGAGAGUAUGCUGCCAGGCAUUUUACCAAUAGCAAUCUGCCAGAUACGGUCAUGCAGCAGCUCGAAGACAGACAAGAAAAAAUCAAGCAGCACAAAGUGUUAACAAAAGUUUGAACUGCUGAGUCAGUGAUAGCGUCAAUAAAAAGACAAUUGUUGUUGAAUUCGCGUUUGCCGAUCAGCUCUCUUCCCUAUCUUUAAAUUAUACGCAAUAUAUCAGGACGAAUCAUUAAGUUGUCUAUUGCUCUUUUUAACCUAUAACAUAAGUUUGAUAUUUGUACCAGGGUUAGAUUGAUGCUAGAUUUCUACUCUUCAGCACCUGCCAAGUUGUAGUGUUUUUCUAAAUUGAAUGAGUUGGGAAGAAUCGGAAAUGCAAGCUACAAGUAGGACAGGACAGAUAACAAAUUUACAUGCCUGUUGCCAGAGUCACUCUUUCUUUCUUUCAUACUAUGAUCCCUCUUGUCGUCGCUAGCUCAAAUACUGCAUAGAAUGGCCUCCCAACUGCUUAGUAUGUGUAAAUGAUGUGAAAAGUUGUUUUAAGUAUUUUAUGGAAGGUAGAUCUUCCCUGUGCUGAGGAGAGUUAGGUCGUGCAUGCAGUAUAUUCUAUGUAUACCAGUCACCGAGAUGACUCUUGAUGUGGCUUAAAGGUUGAUGAAAUUUUGUCAGCAUAGGCCAAAAUGUUAUUGUAUAGUGAUAAAGUGCUAUCAGUUAAAGAUCAAUUGUGGAAUGUUGUCCGUGACGUACAUAGCAGUGUUAUUGACUCAACAGUCUACAUUUUGGUCCCGGUUUCAGGACACUGGAGAGUUGACUGGAUUGUUUCUGUUGUUGUAGGAGUAAUGUGAUAUUUAUUGACAGUAAUAAUAAAAAUAUUUGUGG